AUGUCUCGGUUCGUGGACUUGCUCGUGUUCCCAGCGCCCCUGGAGCAUGAGUUUUCUGGCCAAGAGAAGACGAAGAUUAAGGAGGCGUUUGCCACCUUCGAUACCAACCAGAGCGGCGACAUCAGUAUGGAGGAGCUCCGGGCGCUUUUGGGGCAAUUGGGGGAAAUGCCGUCCGAGAAGCACCUGCAGGAAUCCAUGAGGGAGGCAGACACGGACAACAACGGCUCCGUGUCUUUCGGGGAACUCGCCUCGCUGAUGCACAAGCUCAAGAAGGACCCCAACUCGAACUCGGCCUUCGUGCGCAAGAUCCACAAGGCUCCUGCCCAGCACUCUGGGGGUAUGGCGUACCACUCGUACUCGGACGACGAGCGGAUGGCCUUUACGGAGCACAUCAACAACUGUCUCGCAGCCGAUCCUGUGGUUGGACCGCGGCUGCCGAUGGACCCUCUCUCCGAAGACCUCUUCACACAGACAUCGGACGGGCUCAUCCUGUGCAAGCUCAUCAACCUCGCUGAAUUCGACACCAUUGACGCCAGGGCGAUGAACGUCGUGUCGGAGAAGAGGCCAAAGCUAUCCAUAUUCCAGAAGAUCGAGAACAUGAACCUGGCGCUCAACGCCGCCAGGGGCAUCGGCUGCGUGGUGACCAACGUCAAUGCCAAGGAUGGCGGUCGAAUCGUGCGGGUACCGGAAGGCACAGAUGAUCGAAAACGACAAAAAACUGGGGAUUUGCUUGCAACCCUUCGUCGAACAACGGUUGAGCAAAUCCCCUGCUACGGGGCGGCAGAAGGGGAAAAGGCAUCAAAAUGCGAAGCCCACAAGGGCGACGACUGGGUCAGCGUCAGGGACAUCAUCGACGGCAACUCUAUUCUCAUCCUGGGACUGGUCUGGCAGAUCAUCCGGAUACAGCUGCUGUCUUCCAUCAGCUUGACGUCCUGCCCGGAGCUGGUUUGCCUUUUGGAGGAGGGAGAGGAGCUGGACGGGCUGUUGGCCUUGCAGCCCGAGGCGAUCCUGCUGCGCUGGUUCAACUACCACCUCGAGAGGUCUUCUUCGGCGAAGCGAGUAAAGAACUUCGGGAACGACCUGAGGGACGGCGAGGCCCUCUCAGUUCUGCUGUCACAGCUAGACCCCACCGUCUGCCAGCCCUGCAACGAGCCGCCUGGUUCCGAGGCCCGCGCAAGGCAUAUCAUCAGCAAUGCCAAGGCGAUGGGCGCGGAGACGUUCAUCCAGCCGGCGGACAUCAUCAACGCCAACAAGAAGCUGCUCCUGGCCUUCUGUGCGCAGCUCUUCAACACCAACCCCAACCUCACGGUGGAGCAAGAAGUGAUGGAGCAGUUCACCGAGGACUUCGCCAACCUGGAGGACGAUGACGAGGGCGACACACGAGAGGAGAAGGUUUUCCGCAUGUGGAUCAACAGCCUGGCCAUCGACAACGGAGACCUGUACAUCAACAACCUCUUCGCCGACGUGCAGAACGGCUCCGCCAUCCUCAAGGUGAUGGACCGCAUUCAGCCCGGGGUCGUGGUGUGGAAGCGCGUCAACAUCGCUCCGAAGAAUCGCUUCAAGAAGGUGGAGAACGGGAACUACGUCAUCGACAUCGCCAAGGUGAUGGGGCUUACGGUGGUGAACGUGGGGGGGUUGGACAUCAUCGAUGGCAACCGCAAGAUGACGCUGGCCAUCAUGUGGCAGCUCAUGCGCCGGCACACCCUCAACCUUCUCCAGGCUCUCUCCAAGAAGGGGAAGAGGAUAGAGGACCCGCAGAUCGUGGCGUGGGCCAACUCCAAGGUCGAAGGGUCCAAGAUUCGCAGCUUCGGGGACCCUUCGCUGUCGACGGGCGUUUUCUUGCUCAAGGUGUGCCACGGCAUCGACCAGUCGACCGUGAACUGGGACCUUGUCGUCAUGGACCCCGCGAACGACGAGGACAAGACCAACAACGCCAAGUACGCCAUCAGCGUGGCGCGCAAGCUGGGCGCGUGCGUGUUCGUGGCGGCGGAGGACAUCGUGCAGGUCAUGUCGAGGAUGAUCAUGCUCUUCUGCGCUAGCCUGUGGCACUGCGAGAACGAGCGCACGGCGUCGCCGGAUGGGGGGGGGGCGGGGGCCAUGCCGGCGCCGGCCGCGUUGGAACAAACCCCCCAGGCGCCCAAGCCGCUCAUGUCUCCCACGGGACUCCGGUCGGCAACGUCUCCCAAGCCCUUCUCGUCGGGGGGACGGUCGACCUUCGGACAGUCCAAGCCGCCACCGGCAGCAGCAGCAGCAGCAGAGUCGGCGGCGAAAAUUGCUCAGAAGAAGGCGGACGAGGAGACGCAGAGGAGGAUCCAGGCGUGGAAAGCGGAGCAGCAAGCCAAGCAGGCCUCUGCGGCUUUCGCGGACGAGAACAAGGCAGCGGAAGAGGAGGCAGCGGCGUCGGCGGCAGCGACGGCAGCGGCACAGCAAGCCGCCCAAGACGCAGAAGCGGCAAAGGCGGCCGCAGAUGCACAGCAGCAGCAAGAGGCGGCGGCGGCGGCGGCGGCGGCGGAAGCUUCCCGGCUAGCUGCGGAGGAGGCUGAGGCUGCCAGAGUGCCCCCCGCGGAGUCUGAGGCAGAUGGGGUCAGAUUGGCGGAGGACCAGAUGAAGGCCGUGAGUCUCGAGCCAGGAUUGAGCACGCAUAGCGACGAGGUCACACAAGAAGAAUGGGACGCCUGA